CUCGGACUUUCUUGUCUUUGCGGAACCUUGUGGGUUGCCUUGAUCUCCCAGCAUCUUCUUCCUUUCUGCUUUUCCCGGCUACCUAAAUCCGAGCCAAGAUGCCUGGUGGCUAUAAAGGAGAAUGUGGCGAUGAUGUGGAUCCCAUGCCCUUCCUGGCUCCCAGUGAGAAAGAGAGGAUUGAGGCCAUAAGCAAGCCGUACGACAUCAAGAAGUCAUGUUGGGUCAAGGAUGAAAAGGAGGGGUUCAUCGCUGGAGAAAUCCAGUCUGAGGCCGAGAAUCAAGUCACCGUGAAGACAGUGACCAAUCAGACUAUCACCAUAAAGAAGGAUGACCUCCAGCAGAUGAACCCACCCAAGUUCUACCAGAUCAGUGACAUGGCCAACAUGACCUUCCUGAAUGAAGCCAGUGUCUUAGACAAUCUGAGACAGCGCUACGUCAUGAUGAGGAUCUACACCUACUCUGGCCUGUUCUGUGUCACCAUCAACCCGUAUAAGUGGCUGCCCAUCUAUGGGGCUCGCGUGGCCAAUAUGUACAAGGGCAGGAAACGCACAGAGGUGCCCCCUCACCUCUUCUCCAUCUCUGACAACGCGUACCAUGACAUGCUUAUGGAACGUGAAAACCAGUCCAUGCUGAUUACCGGAGAAUCCGGAGCUGGCAAGACUGAAAACACGAAGAAAGUCAUCCAGUACUUUGCUAACAUUGGCAGCACUGGCAAAGCCGCUGCUGAUGGGAAGGGGUCCCUGGAGGAUCAAAUCAUCCAGGCUAACCCUGUGCUAGAAGCUUUUGGAAAUGCCAAGACAACAAGGAACAAUAAUUCCUCUCGUUUUGGUAAAUUCAUCCGAAUUCAUUUUGGCAGCACAGGAAAACUGGCUGGAGCCGACAUUGAGAGCUAUCUCCUAGAGAAAUCUCGUGUCAUUUCCCAGCAACCUGCGGAAAGGGGCUAUCACAUCUUCUACCAGCUCCUCUCCAACAAGAAACCAGAACUUGUUGAAACCUUGCUUUGUGUGCCGGAUCCAAAGGAGUACCACUGGACAAGUCAAGGGGUUGUUAUAGUGGACAACAUGGAUGAUGGAGAAGAAUUGCUCCUCACCGAUGUGGCCUUUGACGUCCUGGGCUUCACUCAAGAAGAGAAGAUCAGCGUCUACAAACUCACUGGUGGCAUCAUGCAUUUUGGGAAUAUGAAAUUCAAGCAGAAGCCAAGAGAGGAACAGGCAGAAGUAGACACCACAGAGGUGGCUGACAAAGUCGCCCACCUCAUGAAUCUCAACUCUGGGGAUCUCCAGAAGGGCAUCACCAGACCCCGGGUGAAAGUGGGCAAUGAGUUUGUCCAGAAAGGGCAGAACAUGGACCAGUGCCACAACUCAGUUGGUGCUCUGGGCAAAGCCGUCUAUGACAAGAUGUUCAAGUGGCUGGUGGUCCGGAUCAACAAGACCUUGGACACCAAGAUGCAGAGGCAGUUCUUCAUUGGGGUGCUGGAUAUUGCUGGCUUUGAAAUCUUUGAGUUCAACAGCUUUGAGCAGCUGUGCAUCAACUUCACCAACGAGAAGUUGCAGCAGUUCUUCAACCACCACAUGUUUGUCCUGGAGCAAGAGGAGUACAAGAGGGAAGGCAUCGAUUGGGUGUUCAUUGACUUUGGUCUGGAUCUGCAGGCUUGCAUUGAGCUCCUGGAAAAGCCCAUGGGCAUCUUCUCCAUCCUUGAAGAGCAGUGCGUGUUCCCCAAGGCCACUGAUGCUACUUUCAAGGCUGCCCUCUAUGACAAUCAUUUGGGCAAAUCCCCCAAUUUCCUGAAGCCCAAAGGCGGCAAGGGCAAAGGGGCAGAAGCUCACUUUGAGCUGGUGCAUUAUGCUGGCACGGUGGGCUACAAUAUCACUGGGUGGCUGGAGAAAAACAAGGACCCCCUGAAUGAAACAGUGGUGGGUUUGUUCCAGAAGUCUGGGAUGCCUCUGCUUUGCACUCUCUUCAAAGAAGAAGAGCCUGCUGCGGGAACCAAGAAGCAGAAAAGAGGCUCCUCAUUUAUGACUGUCUCCAACUUUUACAGGGAGCAGCUGAACAAGCUGAUGGCCACCUUACACAGCACCGCUCCCCAUUUUGUGCGCUGCAUCGUUCCCAAUGAGUUCAAGCAGUCUGGGGUAGUGGAUGCCCAUUUGAUCCUUCACCAGCUGGCCUGCAACGGUGUACUCGAAGGCAUCCGUAUUUGCAGGAAGGGCUUCCCCAACAGACUGCAGUACCCUGAAUUUAAACAGAGGUACCAGGUGCUGAACCCCAAUGUCAUCCCUCAGGGAUUUGUGGACAAUAAGAAGGCCUCAGAGCUAUUGCUAGGAUCCCUUGACCUGGGAGAAAAUGAGUACAAAAUUGGACAUACUAAGGUGUUCUUCCGUGCCGGAGUCUUAGCCAAGCUGGAAGACAUGCGAGACGAUCGUUUGGCCAAGAUCAUGACCAUGCUGCAGUGCCGAGGCCGGGGGUUCUUGAUGCGGAUCGAGUUUAAAAAGAUGCUGGACAGGAAGCUAGGCCUGAUACUUAUCCAGAGGAAUGUCCGUAACUUCUUGCAGAUGAGGUUCUGGGGUUGGUGGAAACUGUACAACAAGGUGAAGCCUCUGUUGAAUGUGGCCCGGCAAGAGGAAGAGAUGAAGGAGAAGGAAGAAGAACUCAGGAAUGCCAUGUCCAAGACACAAGAGUUGAUGGACCGUGUCAAAGAGCUGGAAGAAAAGACAGCCACCCUCAGCCAAGAGAAGAAUGACUUGACCAUCCAGUUGCAGGCUGAACAAGAGAACCUGUCGGAUGCUGAGGAGCGCCUGACCCAGAUGAUGAAGUCCAAGAUGGACCUGGAGAGCCAGAUCUCAGAUAUGAAGGAGCGCUUGGAGGAGGAAGAGGGUUCAGCUGCAGCUCUGGGUGCCAGCAAGCGCAAGCUGGAAGGGGAGCUGAGUGACCUCAAGAGGGAUCUCGAGGGACUGGAAACCACCCUUGCCAAGACAGAGAAAGAGAAGCAAGCUUUGGAUCAUAGGGUACGGACCUUGACUAGUGAUCUCCAGGCACGGGAUGAUACUGUUGCCAAACUCCAGAAAGAGAAGAGGGCUCUGGAAGAAUUACACCAGAAAACACUAGAUGACCUUCAGGCUGAAGAAGACAAAGUGAAUCAUCUCACAAAAAACAACAGUAAACUUAGCACUCAGAUACAUGAGCUGGAGGACAACUGGGAACAAGAGAAGAAAAUCCGUGCCGAGGUAGAGAAGGCCCGGCGCAAGGCAGAGGGCGACUUAAAAAUGACCAUUGAAAAUCUCAACGAAAUGGAAAGAGCAAAGCUCGACUUGGAAGAGGUGGUGAAGAAGAGAGACAUGGAGAUCAAUUCUGUCAGCUCCAAAGUGGAAGAUGAGCAAGCACUGAACUCUACACUACAGAGAAAACUCAAAGAGCAUCAGGCCAGGAUUGAAGAGCUGGAGGAAGAACUUGAAUCCGAACGGUCUAUGAGGGCAAAGAUUGAGAAACAGCGCAGUGAUCUCUCCCGGGAACUGGAAGAGAUUUCAGACAGACUGGAAGAGGCUGGAGGGGCAACUACUGCUCAAAUUGAGCAGAACCGCAAGCGUGAGGCUGAACUGCUCAAGCUUCGGAGGGAACUGGAAGAAGCUGCCUUGCAGAGCGAGGCCACAGCUUCCACUCUGCGCAAGAAGCACACAGAUGCCAUGGCCGAGAUGACUGAGCACCUCGAGAAUCUGCAGAGGGUGAAGUCCAAGCUGGAGAAGGACAAGCAGGUCAUGAAGGCUGAGAUCGAAGACCUCAGCGCCAGUGUGGAGACAGUCCAGAAAUCCAAGAUGAAUGCUGAGGCUCAUGUCCGCAAACUAGAAGACAACCUGUCUGAAGCCAACGCCCGGCUGGCUGAGAUGGAAAAGAACCAAGUCGAAAUCAAUGCUAUCAGGUCCAGGCUCCAAGCUGAGAACAGCGAACUGAGUCGAGAGCAUGAAGAGAGCCAGACACGGCUGAACCAAGUUCUCCGUGUCAAGACCUCUCUCACUUCUCAGGUGGAUGACUUCAAGAGGCAGCUAGAUGAAGAGUCAAAGUCCCGAAGUGCUGCAGUGGUAAGUCUGGCCAACACCAAACAUGACCUGGACCUGAUCAAAGAGCAGCUGGAGGAAGAACAAGCUGGCAAAGCUGAGCUACAGCGCCUCGUCUCCAAGCUCAACACUGAAGUCACGACCUGGAGGACCAAAUACGAAACAGAUGCCAUCCAGAGGACAGAGGAGCUUGAGGAGACCAAGAGAAAAUUGACUGCCCGGCUCCAGGAGGCUGAGGAGACAGCUGAAUCUGCUCAAGCCCGGGUGGCUAGCAUGGAGAAAAACAAGCAGCGGCUCCAAAUGGAAGUGGAGGAUCUUACCCUGGAUCUUGAGAAGGCCAAUGCAGCCUGCGCAGCCCUGGACAAGAAGCAGAGGGCCUUUGACAAGAUGCUGUCCGAGUGGCAGCAAAAGUGUGAGGAACUGCAGCUGGAGGUGGACAACUCCCAGAAGGAGUGCCGCAUGUACAUGACGGAGAACUUCAAGCUCAAGACAGCCUAUGAGGAGGCUCUGGAGCAUCUGGAAUCUGUAAAGAAGGAGAACAAGACUCUCCAGGAGGAAAUCAAAGAUCUCAUUGAUCAGUUGGGUGAAGGUGGGAGGAGUGUGCAUGAGCUGCAAAAGAUGAAGAAGAAACUGGAGAUUGAAAAGGAUGAGCUGCAGGUGGCCCUGGAGGAAGCUGAGUCUUCUCUUGAGGUGGAAGAGAGCAAACUCAUCCGCAUUCAGCUGGAAUUGGCUCAGGUGAAAGCUGACAUUGACAGGAGGAUCCAUGAGAAAGAGGAAGAAUUUGAGGCCACCAGGAAAAACCACCAGCGUGCCAUUGAGUCCCUGCAGUCCAGCCUGGAGCUGGAGGCAAAAGGACGGGCUGAGGCGCUUCGCCUGAAGAAGAAGAUGGAGACAGACCUAAAUGAAAUGGAGAUCCAGCUGGAUCAUGCCAACAAGAACAACAGCGAACUUGUCAAGACCCUGAAGAAGCUCCAGCAGCAAAUCAAGGAUCUCCAGAUCCAGAUGGAUGAGGAUGCCCGCCAACAUGAAGAACUCCGGGAACAGUACAACCUCCAGGAGCGGCGCCUCAGCCUUCUCCAGACUGAGCUGGAGGAAGUGCGGACAGGCCUUGAAGGCAGUGAGCGCUCACGCAAACUCCUUGAGCAAGAGCUGGUAGAGGUCUCUGAAAGACACAACGAGCUCAGUGUCCAGAACCAAAGUCUGCUGGUCAUCAAGCGCAAAUUGGAGUCUGACCUCGUGCGCAUCACGAACGAUCAUGAGGAGCUGAUCAGCGAGUUCCGAACGGCAGACGAGAAAGCAAAGAAAGCAGUGGCUGAUGCAACCCGCAUGGCAGAAGAGCUGCGCCAAGAGCAGGAUCACUCCAUGCACCUGGAAAAGAUCAAGAAGAACCAGGAGGUCACCAUCAAAGACCUGCAGGUCAAGAUUGAAGAAGCGGAGCAACUGGCUCUUAAAGGAGGGAAACGCACCAUCAUGAAACUGGAGACCAAAAUUAAGGAGCUGGAGACAGAGCUGGACUCGGAGCAGAAGCGCCAUGUGGAGACAGUGAAAAUCCUGCACAAGAACGAACGGCGCCUGAAGGAGCUGGUCUUCCAAACGGAGGAGGAUCAUAAGACCAACCAGCGCAUGCAGGAGCUGGUGGAGAAGCUUCAGAACAAGCUGAAGACAUACAAGAGACAAAUUGAGGAGGCGGAGGAACAGGCUAACCAGAGCAUGGCAAGGUACCGCAAAACCGUGCAUGAACUGGACGAUGCCGAGGAGAGAGCUGGAAUGGCUGAGUCGGCCCUCAACAAACUACGCACCAGGCACCGAGUUGCGGCAGGCAAAGCCUUCACUUCGGUGGAAGUCAUCCAGGUCUCCAAAUCCACCAGUUCCAAGUCGUCGGCCGAGGAAUAGAUUUCCCCUCUCUGAAGCUGCAGCUGGCUGAUGGACAAAGUACCUCCAGGCAACUGCCUCUUCUUGCAAGAUUGCUAGCAUAGUGAUGACCGGAGCAGCUUAAGCCUAUUGAAGGAGAAAAGAAGGAGGGUGGAAG